GUAGUACACAGCAUCAUCAAUCGACGCAAGCGCAACCACCUCCUCCCCUCGUGAUCCAGCCCUGCCCCGCUUCGUCUAGUUGACAUCAUUUCCCUUGCGCCUUCUUGCCAGCAAUCCAUCCAAUCCAUCCAUCGUGAUCACCUGGCAACCAAAAUGUCAACCGCCACCGCCCCAAGAUUGUCCGUCCCCAAAUCCUCCGGGGCAAGCUACCGGACCGCCGCUCCGGCGCCCAAGACGGCCCUCUCCUUCGUCGCCGGCCACAAGAGGCAGCAGGCGCUGCCCCGCGCGCGUCUGUCCAGCAGGAGGUUCGUCGUGGCGCCCGCGGCCGUGCACAGGGUGAGGCUGGUCGGGCCGGACGGGGCGGAGCACGAGUUCGAGGCCCCCGAGGACACCUACAUCCUGGAGGCGGCCGAGAGCGCCGGCGUGGAGCUGCCCUUCUCCUGCCGCGCCGGGUCCUGCUCCACCUGCGCCGGGAAGAUGUCGGCCGGCGAGGUCGACCAGUCGGAGGGCUCGUUCCUCGACGACGGCCAGACGGCCGAGGGCUACCUCCUCACCUGCAUCUCCUACCCCAGGGCGGACUGCGUCAUCCACACCCACAAGGAGGAGGAGCUGUACUAGUAGAGUUUUGGGUCGCUUAUAUAUGCGACAGUCAGUGUUUGUGGCGAAUGCAGUGAACUGAUUUGUAUACCAUACGAGGAAUAAUUGAUUCCAACAAUUCCAUACAAA